GGACAUGAAUAACCCUCCUUUGAGCUACUGCUCAUCUUUAGGGCUACUAGUCUCUUUUAACAUUCUUUGCCUUCUAUUUUUGCCUUGUAUUUCUUUAACUUCAUUCAUAUUUGGUGACUCGUUGCUUGAUGCUGGAAACAACGAUUAUCUCUUCACCCUCUCCAAAGCGGACUCUCCUCCUUAUGGUAUAGACUUUUCGGCUUCCGGCGGCCAGCCCACCGGGAGAUUCACUAACGGUCGUACGGUUUCCGAUAUUAUAGGACAGUUAUUAGGAGCCAAAUCUUUUCCUCCACCAUUCCUAGCUCCGAACUCCCAAGAGAACGCGAUUCAUGUUGGAAUAAAUUAUGCCUCUGGAUCAGCUGGAAUAUUGGUUGAAACUGGAUCAAUGUUUAUAGGGAGAAUUCCACUACAGGAGCAAGUGGACUACUUUGAGCAAACAAAAGCUCAUAUAGUUGAGAAAAUGGGAGAAACAGCAGCAAAUAUUCUCCUAAAGAAUGCAAUUUUCUCAAUUGCUAUUGGGUCUAAUGACAUCCUCAACUAUAUACAGCCAUCUAUACCAUUUAUUGGGCAGGAAAAGGUUGAACCAUCUAUGUUCCAGGACUUCAUGCUCUCUAACCUGACCAUGCAACUCAAGCGAUUACACAAGUUAGGGGCGAGCAAGUUCGUUGUAGUAGGCAUUGGACCGUUGGGAUGCAUACCCUUUGUUCGCGCUAUCAAGCUAGUUUGGUUCAAGAAUUGUUCGAAUGAGGUGAAUGAGUUCAUUCAAGGCUACAACAGAAAACUAAACAAGGAGCUAAGUUUACUGAAUGAAAAUAUGGGACAGGAAGCUACCUUUGUUUAUGGUAACUCCUAUGAUAUAUUCAUGGGUAUCAUAUCUAAUUAUCUUCACUAUGGAUUUGGAAAUGCAAAGGAUCCAUGUUGCGGUGGAUAUUUUCCUCCAUUUAUGUGCUUCAAAGGGAAGGAUAUAAGUACAAGUUCUCUUCUAUGUGAAGAUAGGUCAAAGUACAUUUUUUGGGAUGCAUAUCAUCCAACUGAAGCUUUCAACUUAAUCAUGGCCAAACAAUUGCUUGAUGGGGAUCAAAGGAUCACUUCUCCAAUCAAUAUUCGGCAGCUUUACCAAUACUAGGUCGUCACUACCUAAUUGUUUGGGGAAGCUCAAGCUCAUAGAAUGUUGUACUUGGAAAAACUUGUAGUAGUAACUAAUAAUUGCUCUGAGUA